AUGCAAUUCUUCAAACUCGCCGGUUUCAUUGCCAUCACCUUUGGCGUCGCCCAAGUCAUCGGUAGCCCUGCCGUUAUCAAACUCAACGAUCUGGAAGAGCGUCAAUCUCCAGUAACUCCACCCAACUCUCCCAAGAUUAUGGAGUUUGAGGAAGAGGAAUGA